AUUUAUAUGACAUGAUAUUCCUAAACGAAUGGAUAUUCAGAAACUUUAAAAUUACCAGCGAACGGAACGAGAUUGUCACGAAGAAAUAAAAUUGAAAUCAGUGAAUCAAAAGAAAAGAUUGUGACAGGAAUUUAAAUUUCGGCAUAGGAAAACAACAAAAGGGAGUCACGCUUUGAGAGUUUGAUUGCCUGUGCGUGUUUGACGUCAGAAGGAGCAAAAUAAAUUGUUUAUUUAAUGGUAAUGAGAUAUAUAGGUAUCUGAUCCUGUUUGCAGAGAGAAAUUCGUUGAGAAAGCUCGAAAUAAAUACCCAUGCCGGAUCUUUUUAACCCUCCGGGGGAACCCGUAUUUGGGACGGGACCUGACUACCAGGUCCAUAAACCCAUUUUCCAUUCUUUCCAAAUGAGGACGUACGACUCGACACACACUUACAACAAAGCGCACCAGCCACUCAAAGUGCACAACUACAACAACAGUCACACAUACAACAAAUUGAGGACUUACGACAACGUCCGGGAGUAUGAAGUGAGAGAAUACAAACCUCGCUUUUAUUCAGCACCAAAGCCUCCACCUCCAAGGAUUGACACUCCCCUUCCACCGAGAGAAAAAAGACCGCGGACACCGGAUUAUAAGUGGGCCCAACUGUAUGUGUGUUAUGAAGACCCUUUAGGACCACAUAUUCCUGUAAAAGAUUACCGCUGUCGAGACUAUAAAGGACGUGAUUAUAAGCCUAUAAUGACGCAAUACAAAUCCCCGGAAAUGGAUUAUUUAUCUAGACGAUCGACCAUUUAUCAAGGAAACGUAGAUUAUAAACUUACAAAGGAGAAUUAUUACCCAUUCAAAAAGAGGACGGACAUUCGAAAGGCACGAGAAACUUCAAAGCAAAAAGAAAAAUCUGUUGCAAGUUUGAAGCAUAUUAGUUUCAAAGAAGAGGAACCUCAAGUUAUUCCAACUCAACAAAUGGAAAACCGGGAACCUUCAACGGAACAACAGCCGAUCCGAGAUGAAUCUCCGUCCCAUCCAACCCCUCUUGUGAUAGCGCAAGAAAAAGAGAAAACUUUUGUGAAUGAGGCCGAGAAAAAUGGACCCGCCGUCGGUGCUUCCGUGAUGAUGGUCUCAGCAGCCACAGAAACGGAUGAUUUAAAGCAUAAAAAGCGGUGUUCUAGAUGGACACAAACAACUCCUGUCGCAAGUCCCGAACCAUCAAUUCGCGAAAUGACUCCAGUGGAAAUAGUUCCCAAAAGGAUUGUCACGGAUAUUUCAAAUCAACGGUCAGCGGAAAUCCCUCCCAAAGAAGAUAUACCCCAACCGUCACCACUGCCAGAACCUGAGCAUACUGACGAUCUACAACCCCCACCGUACAAUGUCGCACCUGCUGCCGUGGUUAUCGGAAACGAUCACAUCAGACAGAGAUCGCCUUCACCUCCGUCGAGAAGAUCCCAGCGACGGUCACCGUCUCCUCGAAGCAGAUCCCCUUCCCCGAGGCACAGAUCUCCGUCACCUAGUCACAACUAUAGACACUCUCCAGGCAUAUUGCCUUUAGCAGGAUUUGCGGCUGGUGCUGUGGUUGGUGGCUCAGUUGUGGCUCCAGUGAAAAAACAGUCACCUACACCAGAAACCCCUGUGCCUCAACCUAAAGAGAAUACACCUAGUCCUAAACCAGACUCUGCCCUGUCAACACAUGUAGAUCCAAUAGCUGCAGUGGUAGUCGGUGGAGCUUUAGUAAAAGAAUCGGACAAUAACUCUAAACAAGAUGACACACAACCCCCUCCUCCCUCAUCACCAUUAAAAAAAUCAUCGUCACCUUCUCCUGAUACAAAUACAGUCGCAUUUAUUCCAUUGGUGGCGGGAGCAUCACCGCAAAAUCAAUCCGCACAUAACUCUAGUCCUGAAGAAAAUAAGAGAACUCCAACACCAAAGGACAUCACACCUGAUGAUAACAUCGUGAUCGCACCGGUAGCUGUGUCACACGAUAAACAGCCAGCUAAUCCGUCUCCUGUGAAAUCUAAGACUCCCUCCCCGUCACCCUCGAUAUCGCUUCCGUCUCCUAGUUACAAUAGUUCACCAUCAUCUAGUCCGAACCCCCCUGUUGUAGCAGCGGUAUUGCCAGCGACUGCUGAAAAUGUGGGAAAACCAGCAACGAAUCCCAAAGCUUCACCAGCCAGUCCCCAAAAUAAUAUUAGUCCUGUACAACCGGUAAUAGUAGCAUCUACAGAAGAUGUGACAGCGAAGGAUGAAAGUACUCCAGUUGGAUCCUCCGCUUCACGACGUGGUCUUCCACCGGAAGUGGUGGCCGCAUUAGAGGCAUACGAUAAUGCUCACAAGAAAACGUUCAACGAUCAGGUACCAGACACAAGUUCUAAAGCCUCUAGAUCACGCAAUCUUCCACCGGAAGUUGCAGCCAGUAUAGAAGCCUACAAUAGAAUGCGUAGUUAGAUUUUGCAAAGAUCUUCUGAAUGAAAGGAAUCUUGAUUGACAUUUGGAUGAAUGUUUCAUUUUGAAUAUAACAUAUUUUCAUAUUAAAGCCUAACUCAACUUUUAGUCAAUGUCAUCUCUUUCAUGAAAAAAUGAUAAAUAUGCUUGCCUGUAAUAACCACAGUAGUGCGUUUGCAUGUCUUUUAGUUAGAAUAUUAACCUUUCAAUAUUCAUAGUACACACCAUGUUUUGAAUUAAUAGCUAGAAGAGAUCAGUUUAUGCAACUACUUAUGUGAUCACGCGAGUCUCAAGUAAAAGAUUGAAUAUACAUGUAUUAUAAGAAAUAAUAUGUUUUGUUAAAGCACGCAGAUUUGAAAUUAAGAUUUUAGAAUAGAUAAUAGAAUUGUUGUCGUGCCAUUCGUAGUACUUCACAAACGCCAGUAUGAAUUCAGUGUUGGAGCACUCGCUUCAUGCUGGCGACGUCUUUGGAUCCAGCCCUUGGCGCUUCCUAUCAUUAAGGUGAAGUGGUGAGCGUUCCUUUGCCAAACGCUCAUCAUUAGAAUAGGUAUAAAUCUAUGUUAGUUCAUCUACAGCAGGUGACGUCGAUAUGAAAAAAAAAAAGCUUUGGCCGGUGAACAGGUAGCAGUGUACUGUUAUUCUCAUUGCGGGAUCAGUAAGACAAUACACAAGAUAAUACAUGUACAUUAUAUGUGUAAAUUAAAAAAAUAUUCGUCAUGUUCAGUUCAUAUUGAACGUAUAAAAAGGCUAAAACGAUCUAUGUAACUGGAAAGAGUGAAAGUGAUAGAUAUUCUCUUUCAAUCAGGCUCUGCAGCCUAACGUGUAACACUCUACAGGCGACACACGUUAGUGUCCAGUUACGUAUGUAAUUACAGUUUUUAAUCAAAAUCUCUGCAGGGCGGUGGACACUCCCUUCUAUCGGAGUGUCAGCGCUUCUCCAAAUCAAAUACACUGGUUUUAGUUUUUUAUUUUCUGCAAUGACGGAAAAUAAAAAGUGCAGGCAUACAUUUCUAAUGGGAAUAUAUCGAACGCAUUUAAACCCCCUAUACAGAUCUGAUCUUUCGACACACAUUUGGAAGCCAUAGAAUCUCAUUUCUACCACGCGUUGACAUAUAUCAAUACAACAUAAUGGACCAACAGUGCCGGUAAAUAUAUCGCUCGGUUUCAUUCUAAAGACAUGUGAAACUGUUGCUCUUACAAAUACAUUCUUGCCUAAUUUUUGACAUCAUUCGAUACUAAUGUUAUUCCUAACAAAUGCAGUGUUUGUUCUUUUUUGCAGCUUGGUGCAAAUGCUGUAAACACCAUAAAAAGAACCAUGGCCCUAACUGUCUGAAGUCUACCAUAGUCGAUGUAGUGUGGUCCACUGGUCUAAAGAUCAGAAACAUGUUCUCAUUCUUUUGAAACGUUUCACUAGUGUGUUCGGUACAGGUGUGUGAAUGUUGAUGUGCACAUCUGUGAUUCUGCAUGCAUUCAUAUUGUUGCCAUUAAUACUUCAGUUUAGUACAUGGCUGCCCCCCCCCCCCAUUUUUUCACGUCAAUUUCCGUCAUUUAUACAUGCAAAAUUAGGUAUUUUUUACAUUCAGAUAAGAGAUACCGGUUGACACCCCCCCCCACCCACCCACCCCAGCGCCCUAACGUUUUUGAUACUGAAAGGAUUCAUUCAUUUAUACUUUAUUUCCUCCCUUACGAGAUUAUAAAGAAAACAUAUUUACAUCAAUAUAAUUACAAAUACAUGCAAAAAAAACAACAACAAAAAAACCCAUCAUUAUGUACACAAUAUAACCAAAAAAAAAAUAGACAAGGAUACACACCUCAAUAGAUGAGUACAUAUGGUAGCAGCUGUCCCUUUUAAAGCCAAGGCAUAUUUAAUAUAUAUGAUUACUGCAGUGAGCAUCUGUAGUAUAGGGCUGAAGUGCUAUGCGCACCAAUUUAAAGUUCAGCAGACGGAAUGAUGUGGCAUCCAUCUGAUUUAAAGGUGUAAAUAUUUGGCCACCAAGAACAAGGUACCAUUCAAAUUCCUAGAGCCCACAGAGUUCUGCACACUGUUCGACACGAAGCUAUUAUCGAUGGCGUUCCACUACUGUUCUCGUGUGCUGGCGGUACUUGGACAUGAACAAGACGAAUGACAGAAAACAUCCGUGAACGAAUUUACAUGCGUACCUGUGUAUAUUUUGCAUAUGAAUUUGUAAAGUUCAAUGUUAGCUAAUUUCCAAAUUGUCGCUAUAGCUGAAAAUAUUUGUCUGAAUAAAUGGAAAUCCAGACUGCA